AUGCACGAAAGGAAGAAUGAGGAGCUUGGUGAGAUGCGCGCCGUCUGUCCUGUCCGGGAUUGGAACCGAGACCUGAGGUUUCCUGUCAAGAUGGUUCGGUGGCAGGCGCUGGUGGUCGGAGUGGUGGCGGUGAUGCUGCCUCUCACCUCGGCGCUGGUCACCUACUUUUUUCUUACUAUGUUGAAUGAGCCGAUCACUGUGGACGACACCGGCGGACUCAUCAUCAUGCUUGUGAUUGCUAAGCUGCUCCUCUUGUCCGCCCAAGGCAUCUUCCCGAUAGACCUGAACAACGUUUUCUACGGCCUGGUGUACCGCUUCCCGCGAGAUGCUGACAACAGGAACUCCUUCUACCAGGUGCCAGAGGUGGAGGGACUACCGUGCACGCGGAGGCUCCUGUGCGAGCUGGAGACUGCAGCGCGGACCAGCGAUAUCUACCUGCCCAGGGCACCGAAGGAGCAUGAGGGACGAGACCCCAGCGAGGAGGAGGCGCCACAGGAAGUUGACCCCAUUACUGAGAUACAGAUCGAGGCAGUGCGUGCUCUGUACAGGGAGGACGACCCAACGGGAGAGCUGUCCGAACGGGGCCGUCGUGCCGUGAAGGUGGUGGAGGAGCUGACCGGCGCUGCGUGUGAGACAGCUUACCGCUUGUGUCCUGGCAGGUUCACGGCUCCUAUGUAUUAUCGUGUCAUCUUCGAAGAAAUAAACUUCAAGGCUCAUGACCAUGAUCUAUCAGAAUUUUGAAGUACCAGAUGUAACAUGACGUACCGAGUUUUAUGAACUAAGACCAACAGAGACAGACCACGCGGAUUAAGAUGACAAACCACUGCUGAAACAAU